CUGCCCUCCCGGGAGCCCACGUGGAGUAGAGUCUUGGCCGAGCGGCCUGGGAUCAAGGUCUUCCCGGCGCAUCCCCCAGCCGCGGAGGCCCCGCCCCCAAACGUCCGCGCUGCCUCCUCCUGCUCGCCGAUGGAAGCAGGUAGCUCCACCUUCCGAUGGAGGAAAAGUGCCCCGUAACGAAGCCGGGCAGCGAAGUGCCCGCCUUAAAGGUGAGAAAGGUGAGAAAGAAAGCUUUUCGGAGGCUCCGCCAGGCUCGCGCUGUCCUUCCGUCCCGGGCCGAAGGUCCCGUCUACGCCACGAGUGAAUCAUUAACGUUCUGCUUCUGUAAGCGGCUCGUGCUUUUCUUCUCGCUCCGCGGCUCUGAGAGCUUGUGAGACCCCACACGCCCAGCAGGAUGCAGCUGCCGGUUUUUGUGGUGGACGCGUUUACGGGGGAAGCUUUCCGGGGGAACCCCGCGGCGGUCUGCCUCCUAGAAAACGAACUGGAUGAAGAAACGCACCAAAAAAUUGCAAGAGAAAUGAAUCUUUCGGAAACAGCUUUUAUCCAGAAGCUACAUCCGUCGGACAACUUUACCCAAAGUUCCCGCUUUGGGCUAAGGUGGUUCACCCCAGCGACUGAGGUCCCUCUCUGUGGUCAUGCUACAUUGGCUUCCUCGGCUGUGUUGUUUCACAAAAUAAAAAAUGUGAAUCAGACGGUAACUUUCGUCACUCUGAGUGGGGAGCUGAAGGCCAGACAGGCAGAAGACGGAAUCAUCAUGGAUCUGCCCCUGUAUCCGACGCAGCCCAAGGAUGUUAAGGAAGUCCAGGACUUAAUCAAGGUGGCUCUGUGCAACGUACGGGUGCAGGAUGUACGUUAUUCUCCAGACACCAAGAAACUCCUAGUUCGCAUUGAUGAUUCCUAUGGAAGGUCCUUCCUGGAGAACCUGGAAGUGAAUGCAAGCAAUCUGACAAAGGUGGAAAAUACAGGGAAAGUGAGGGGACUCAUCCUCACCCUGAAAGGAGAGGGGAGCGGAAAGCCCCAAGGUUAUGAUUUCUACUCCAGAUAUUUCGCCCCCUGGGUCGGUGUGGCGGAAGACCCUGUCACAGGGUCUGCCCAUGCCGUGCUCAGCAGCUACUGGUCACAGCAGCUGGGGAAGAAGGAGAUGCGGGCUUUCCAGUGUUCUCGCCGUGGGGGAGAGAUGAAGGUUUCCUUGCGGGAUGGUGGAAGGAUUGACAUUACUGGUCAGACAGCUUUGGUUCUGGAAGGGAAGCUGACCAUUUGAAAGUCAACAUGUCAAGAGUUAUUACUUCUGGUCACUUUUGCAUAGUU